AACCUUUUCUUCUCCCCAGUCCUUCUUUGUUAUCCUUCACUCUCCUCACGUCACGCGUAUCACUAGGUGCUUGACCUCCAUUGAGUACCUUACCCUGCUGUCUGCCGAUCAACAAGACGAGUGACAUCUACACGCUGUGCGCUCUCCCCAUCUCACCCUCUCGCCAGUGUACUCGUCGUCCUCGUCAUUGCCCACCAUGACCGCGACGGCCACGUACCAGCAGUUCCUGGCUGCUCCCAACUCGUCACUGUUGGCUGCCGAUGCGUCUCUACACUAUAUCACCACCACGACCUCCUUCCAUGGGCCGAAUAAUAUCAUCAAGCACCUAAGCACCCAGCGCAAUAAUGUCAAGAAGGAGAAGGAGGAGCUACUUCACGUCAUUGAGGGUCCCACAGCCAUCGCCGCCGAGGUAGACACCUCACUCGGAUUUGUUAUCAGCGGCGGAACAUACCUACCCGGUCUCGAUGACAAUUUUGUUGCUGACCGUACCGCGUCCCUUCUUAUCAUGCACAUUGUGACGUUCGACACCGAGGGCAAGAUCACACAGAUCCGUCAGAGUUGGGACCAGGGCUCUCUUCUUAAGCAGCUGGACGUAAUUGGGAAAUCGGCCCGCAACUGGCCCAUUCGCGACAGCGUUGACCAACUCAAGCUUGUCACCAACUCCCUCAAGUCUACCGGCGUUAUUCCUACAGCUCCUGAGACGACCGAUACACUCAGCCGUGCGCGAGGCAACUCGCAAAACGCCUUGCGCGAUCCUCAUGCAUCCCUCUCUCUCUUCGAGUCCCGCGAAAAGCAGGCCACUGACGAGAUUCCGGCCGUCGUAUCACCCUACGCCGGAACCCGACCACAACAGCGCUCCUUGGCAGAAAUCUUUGGCGAUGAGCCCGCUGAAGAGGUCGGCUCGCCCAGCGCUGGCCGUGAGCGCCACUCCAUUGCAACCAAGACCGGGGCGGGCAAGAACUUCCAACCCAGUCGCCUCUUUAAUACAGAUGAAGAUACCCCCGAGGAGCCCGAUACCCCUGAGACCGUCAAGAGCCCCGCGAAGGCUUCGUACCGCCCGCACCCCCAGAAAUACGAGCAUUUCCACUUUGCCGAUGGCUCGGAUCCUCAGGAUGCCGCCGCCGCCGCUGCUACUGCGAGCAACCAUAGGCCUCGGUCUCCAAAGAACAACGCGAACUGGUCCUUUGACGAUUUUGUCACACCGCAGAAAGCAAAGCCGUCCAAGACUAUCCGUCACCAGGAUAUUCGCCACUGGGAUACAGAGAACAACGAGGCUGCGCCCGCCGACCCAGCGGCUCAGAAGCCGCGUCGGGAUGCCGAGCCCCACUUUGAGUUUGUAGACGAUGGCUUGCCUUCUGGCCAGCCGCGCCUGGUUGGUCGACCCAAGGGUACUGCACACAACGCCGGCUUGCAUCUCUACGACAACAAUCUCUACAACGAGGAUGGAUCAGCCCCGACUCCUUCUGCCAACCGUCCACUCGGUAACAUUACCAACCUGUCAGAUCGCCGAAAGGACUUUGACGCGCACUUUGCCAUGACGGACAACUCCCCUACCACGAUCAACCAUACACCGCAGCCCAACAUCAGCGAUGACCGCCAGAAGGCAGUUACUAUGAUGAACGCGAACUGGUCUUCCUAUGACAAGUCUCCCGCUUCGCAUAAGGAGAACAAGCCCGAAGCGGGGAAUGAAGACCGGGGCGUCCAUAUUUCUGGUGACAGCAUGGGUGGCAUGAAAGGCUCGAACCGCGCCUGGAUGUUUGGUGGUGAUGAGGACAGCCCCAAGCCUGCUGCGCAAAAGUCUACCACGGCACAGAAGGACUUCUGGGACUUCUAAGACGGGAGAGUAGGCAGCUGUGUACGGCAUUUGCCGGCAAUUCACGGGGUCAUAUGGCCGGCGACAAAGUCUUGCGCCCUGACGUUACGCAUUUUCCAUAAGUUUGUAUUUGAUGAUGGCUAGGCCUACAUGCGGCUCAUGAAUCAUGAGAGA